AUGACAGUGAAUGAAAAUACUGUCCCUGAGUAUAAUAAGCGUAAAAAGCUUAACUCCAAGGAUCUUGACUGCACUGGACUGGAGGAGGACGACUACGAAUUAUUAGAAGAGAAUUUGGGUGUUAAGGUCAACAGACAUAAACGGUACAAACGAUUGCGAGACAACAACGGGUCCGAAAGCGACGAGGAAGACGGGGUCGAUCAAGGCGUGGCGCGAGAAAAAAUUGCGCAAGAAAUAUUUUUUGAUAAUAUGGACGAUGAGGUUAGCCAUGAGCGUCAUAACGAGCGUAAUUCUCAAAAAAUUCGAAACGAUGAUGAUGAGGAUUCGGAUUCAACUACAUAUGACUUUGUAGUGGAUGAUCAUGAGCGUCCCAUAACGGAGAAGAUAUCUCGUCCAAUGCAUAUAGAUCCGUAA